CUCUCUCUCUCUCUCUCUCAAGUCUCAUCAAAUCCUCUCUUUUCUCUCUCAACGCCGCUGUUGUCUGUGCUCUUUUGUGGUAAUUGGUCUGCGUAUAUUUAUAUGUGCUGUUGGCUACAAAGCCUGCCCAAGAAUAUUUCUAAACCUUCAAUUGAAGAAACAAAGUGAAAGAGAGAGAAAUCACAAUGGAACAGAGCGAAACAAUGGUUAUGGAACAGAGGGAACUCUUCCCUUGUUCUCCAAACACCAGUGUGAGUGAGAUAGAGGUCGCUGAUAUCUUGCUUCAGCUUCCUGAUAUGAUCUACCAAUUUGAGUCUCCUCUUCCAAUUCCACUCUCGCUCGGCUGGGGAUGUAAAAGACAGAGAUCUGCACUUGCUGUGAAAAACGACCACGCCUCAACUCUGCAGCGCCUGCGUCAUCUUGGUCUGCCACCAUGUUGGUGUAAACUACUUCUACGGUGUCGUUUUACUCCCAGGUCUUUGGCCAAGAGUCCUGUACCACUUCUCUCUAAUGCUAUCAAGGUUGAAAGUUCGAGCCCUGAUACGCCGCUCUCCUUCGAGCCCAGUGAAUCCGACAACAAGCCUCAGCAAUUGAGAAGAAGAGUCCUCGGUAAAAGGAAGAGAGAGGAAUGGAGUAAGAUUAUUGACGACCUGACUGAGGAGAAAGAAUCGCUACAAUUGGAAUUACAGAAGGUGGAGCGUCAUUAUGUCGACCUGAAUGAUUUUAAUUUGGAGUUGAAAGCAAGGAAAGAGAAGCUAAUGGGACUUGGCCAUAAACAGGAGGAAGAGUCCCGUUUGGAAAUUGAGCCGAGCUUGAAUAAUGCAGUGGUGCCAUUAUGGCAACCAGCCCAACAACCCCCAGUCUUAUCUCCCCCUGUUGCUGCAAAUCAAGAGCAGUAUCAUCAACAACAUCAUGAGCAAAUUCAUCCUCCUCCUAGCGUGAUGCAUUAUCAACAUCAACUGCAGCUCAUCAUGGAUCAGACGGCUCAAACUCAAAGAAGAGAAAUCUGUGAGAAUCUGAGGUACGGGUACCCAUCUAAUUCUUCUACUCAAGUGCCCUCCUCAAUCUCGUUGGCAUCCAGCGGCGGCAGUGCGAGUGGAUUGAUGAGGAUGGUCAAUUGCAACAACAAUGUGGUGGGCCCACGUGGUCUCAACCUUUGCUUUAAGGAUACAAUCGUGAUGAGCUCUUCCCAACCGUACGAUGUUACCUUGGUUAACAACACUAGGUUUGUGGCAGCUCAGAACAGACAGAAGAGACUUGAGUACUGCAGGCUUAAGAGGCCUCGCUUCGCUACCACUUUAAGAUGAACUGAAAUGUAACAUGUUAUUCUUCAUUUUUUGCCCCCAAUAAUAAUGUAUGUAAUGUUAUUACUUGGGGUGUAUUUUUUGAUUCAAACAAAGGUUUCAGGUUUUGGGAAAGACGACUAGUAGCUUUUUUUU